AUGCAUUUGGAACAGGAAUCGGCUGAGAGUCCCACGAAUGGGGUCGCUACACAUGAAGUUACAGUGGUCAACCGCUGGUACUAUCCGCCGGAUCUGGCAAAUGACAUGGAGAAUAUUGACAUGCCUAAGAGCAUGAAGGACGAAGUGCUGGCGACCGCAUGGGAAUACACGCGCUGCGUCAUCCCCGAAUUCACCAACUGGUCUCGGUAUCUGGCGUUUGCGCGCGUCAUCACCAUCGGUGUCAUUUGCGAGUUCAGUGGCGACAUGAUCAACGUGGCCGAGAGCAGGAAGAUGCUGGGCUAUGACGUUGACCAGGUGCUUGAUGCGCUUUUCAAAGGCACCCCCGGCCAUGAAGCCAUGUCACGCGAGUUCCGAGCAUUUCUCCUCAUCGUGGCCGACAAGACGAGCGACCGCCGCGGAGGAGAACUGUUCCGUCGAUACGUCAACGCCCUGGCCCGGUCACCGCGACAGUGGUUCCGUAUGCGGGACGGGGACGCGCUGGCUCGACUCACCAUUGCCGGUUUGUUGGCGUGCAACGACAUGGACGACGUCUACUUUUCCGACGCGCAAUUCGAGAUUCUGACCGAGCUGGCCGACACGCUGUACGACGCCGUAGCCUUUUUCAAACACCGUUCAGAGGGCGAGACCAACAGCACCUUUGCGUACGUCCCCACCGACCUCCGCAUCCACGCCUUUCACCAGGCUCGCGAGGUCCUGUGGGCUCUGGACACGUGCUGGGCGAAGCGGCCCGCGCUCCGCGGCGUCGUCAAUUUCAUCCGCAACUUUGGCGGCCCGCUUCACAUGGUGAUGCGCCGGUAUCGUUUCGUCGAGGAAAGCCUGACCAUUGGGCGACCGGAGUCAAACAAGGUCAUCGACCAAGCUCGCCGUCACGUCAAGCUGUGGAACCGCGUCGACGCGAAGAACGGAGGGAAAGAGGAAAGCUCCCCGGACGUCCAGCGAUACAAGCAUCUCAUCCAAAACCACACGCAGGAUCUGAUGUACACCGAGCUCGACGAGUUUCUGGAGCACAGUGACGAUUCGACCUGCACGGAUUGCCGCUUCCGCCGGAGCUAUGGCGCCGACAACGGGCACAUCUUCGGCGGAGUCGUCCUGUGUAACCGGUGUAAGGUCGCUUGGGGAGCUUACCUGGAAUCCUUUCCCAAGCGAACGUUGGAAGCUUUCCCUGAGCUCAAAGGUUUCGAAGGGUUUACUUAG